AAGCAAUAGGGUGUCAAGUCGCAAAAUGAUAAAUUUGAAAGUUUUUGACAACCACUGUGCGAAAUUUCUGUGAAGAUGAUCCGACCUUUUUGUAAAUACACAAAGCGAAAUCCAUUUGUGCCGAGCUUUUAUGUGAAAAAUUACGAGGUGAUCCCGAUUGUCAUGAUUGCGAUUCUAGACGUGUUUAUGUUUACGUUCUGGCCAAUACGAACUCUUUUCAACACGGAUUGUAAUCUGUCUCGCAACACCCUGACUCCUGGCCAGAGGACGCACCUGCUUAUCCAUCCGCGCGAUACAAAGUUGCUACAUUUUACACAAGUGUUAGAACCCAAUCAAGAGCUUUACGAUUUGUAUGAAGACAUGAAAAAGGGAGAAGAGGAGCAAAAAAAUAAAGAAAUUAAGGAAAAAGAAGAACACUAAUGUACUAACGCACGUGAGACACAAAUUGCAUGGAAAAGCGGCAACAUCACAUGUAAAAAUGCAUUACAAAUAAAACGGAAUGGUUCGGUAGAGAA